CCGUAACGCGGACGCGUCAGCCGAGGAGGGCUGCACUAGAAGUAGAAGGCCCGGAGGGGCUUCUUUAGCGGGGAUGUCGUCACAGGAGAUCGACGACCGUGAGCGGUGGCGGGCGAAGACCGCCGGGCCUGUCGGGGUAGAAGGUGGGGGUCUUUUGCAGGCUCCAAAAGUUAGUCCCGAGGUCGUGUAGGGUCUAUUAUGAUGAUUACUACAACAGGUCAAUGAGAUAGGACCCCUUCCUACGCGCCCCCUACUCCCUAAUUACAGAUUGAGGAGGGGGAGGGGCCAGUGAGGCUCAGGUGAGCGCACGGGGAGAAAGGGACGUGGGCGGGGCAUUACAGAGGGUCAGCGAAUCCGAAAAGACUUAAGCCUUCGUUGCGAAGCGACAAGUCCCGCCCCGCAGGCGGCACCGGAAGUGGCAGGCCAGGAUCAGCCUUUAAGAUGGCGUCUCCUCAGGGGGGCCAGAUUGCGAUCGCGAUGAGGCUUCGGAACCAGCUCCAGUCAGUGUACAAGAUGGACCCGCUACGAAACGAGGAGGAGGUCCGAGUAAAGAUAAAAGACUUAAAUGAGCACAUCGUCUGCUGCUUGUGCGCAGGCUACUUCGUGGACGCCACCACCAUCACAGAGUGUCUUCAUACGUUCUGCAAGAGCUGUAUUGUGAAGUACCUCCAAACCAGCAAGUACUGCCCCAUGUGCAACAUCAAGAUCCACGAGACACAGCCACUGCUCAACCUCAAGCUGGACCGGGUCAUGCAGGACAUCGUGUACAAGCUAGUGCCUGGUUUGCAAGACAGUGAAGAGAAACGGAUCCGAGAAUUCUACCAGUCCCGAGGCUUGGACCGAGUCACCCAACCCAGCGGGGAAGAGCCAGCCCUGAGCAACCUCGGCCUCCCCUUCAGCAGCUUCGACCACUCCAAAGCCCACUACUAUCGCUAUGAUGAGCAGCUGAGCCUAUGUCUGGAGCGGCUGAGUUCUGGCAAAGACAAGAGUAAAAGCAUCCUGCAGAACAAAUAUGUCCGAUGUUCUGUUAGAGCUGAGGUUCGCCAUCUCCGGAGGGUCUUAUGUCACCGCUUGAUGCUGAAUCCCCAGCAUGUGCAGCUCCUUUUUGACAAUGAAGUUCUCCCUGAUCACAUGACCAUGAAGCAGAUAUGGCUCUCCCGCUGGUUCGGCAAGAAAUCCUCUGGAGUUUCAUCAAGAAGGAGGGCCUCUCUUUGUCGGUGGUCCCUCAGUGAAUUGCCAAAGGAGAGUGGUAGAGGACCCUACGUAUGUAAAACUCAGAAGGUGAGCUAAGUUAAACCAGGUCAUGCAAAUCAGCUUCUUUUUGGUGAAGGGAAGGGGAGCACUCACUGUCCUUGAAUGUUGCCACAUAUGAUGCAGGCCUGAGUGGAGG